GUAGCGGCUCGUGCGUGAAUUGGCGUCACGCAGGUGAAACGCAGGGGCUCGCGUUGCGUCCUCCACUCCAUUCUCUCUCUCUCUCUCUCUCUCUCCCCCCAUUUCUCUCUGUCUCUCUUUCUUUCCAGCGCGUGAGUGUGUGCGAGUGUGCGCGCGCGGAUGGAGAGGCGCUGUGGAGGAUCCUGCUUCUGGAUGGAAAAGUAGAAACUUGAGUUUUCUACUAGAGAAGGGAAGAGACGCAGCCUCAGCAUGGCCUCUAUCGGGGACUUCGACCCGCUGCACUCCACUGUUCCCGCAACUAAGAUCGAAGUUACUGUGUCGUGCAGGUGCUUAUUGGACAUGGACACUUUUUCUAAAUCAGAUCCAGUGGUGGUGUUGUACAUACAAGGAAUAGGUACAAAAGAAUGGAGAGAGUUUGGCAGAACAGAGGUGAUUGAAAACACGCUGAAUCCGGACUUUGUGCGGAAAUUUGUUCUGGAUUUCUUCUUUGAGGAGAAGCAGAAUCUUCGGUUUGAUGUGUACAAUGUGGACACAAGAAGUUCAAACAUCUCUAAACAUAAAGAUUUCCUGGGCCAGACGUUUUGCACACUUGGGGAGAUCAUUGGCUCCACAGGCAGCCGCAUGGAGAGAACGCUUUCUGGGAUUCCAGGGAAGAAGUGUGGAAACAUCAUCUUCACCGCUGAGGAACUCAGCAACUGCAGGGAUAUCGCUACUAUGCAGCUGUGUGCCAACAAACUGGACAAGAAGGACUUCUUCGGAAAAUCUGAUCCUUUUCUGGUUUUCUACCGCAGCAACGAGGAUGGAACGUUCACUAUCUGCCAUAAGACAGAGGUGAUCAAAAACACACUGAAUCCAGUAUGGCAGCCCUUCACCAUCCCUGUGCGAGCGCUGUGUAAUGGUGACUAUGACAGGACUGUUAAGGUGGAUGUGUUUGACUGGGAUCGAGAUGGAAGUCAUGACUUCAUCGGAGAGUUCACCACCAGUUACAGAGAGUUGUCCCGAGGUCAGAGCCAGUUUAAUGUGUAUGAGGUUUUAAAUCCAAAAAAGAAAGGAAAGAAGAAGAAAUAUGUAAACUCUGGAACAGUGACACUGCUGUCAUUUAAAGUUGAAUCUGAAUACACGUUUGUAGACUUCAUCAGAGGAGGGACACAGCUGAACUUUACGGUGGCCAUAGAUUUCACUGCAUCGAAUGGAAACCCAGCCCAGCCAACCUCACUGCACUACAUGAGCCCAUAUCAGAUGAACACCUACGCCAUGGCACUGAAGGCGGUGGGGGAGAUCAUCCAGGACUAUGACAGCGACAAGCUUUUCCCUGCGUAUGGCUUUGGAGCCAAACUGCCACCGGAUGGCAAAAUCUCUCAUGUGUUUCCUCUGAAUGGAAACAGUGAGGACCCAAACUGUGUUGCUAUAGAGGGAGUUCUGGAGGCUUAUUUCCAGAGCCUCAGAACAGUUCAGCUUUACGGACCAACCAACUUCGCCCCGGUCAUUAACCAGGUAGCACGGUCAGCACAGGAUGUGACUGAUGUUUCGCAGUAUUUUGUCCUGUUGAUGAUCACAGAUGGAGUCAUCUCAGACAUGGUGCAGACCAAAGAGGCUGUUGUCAAUGCCUCGGCUUUACCCAUGUCCAUCAUCAUUGUGGGUGUAGGCCCUGCUGAAUUUGAUGCCAUGGAGGAGUUGGAUGGUGAUGAUGUCAGAGUGUCCUCUAGAGGGCGUUUUGCUGAGAGAGACAUUGUGCAGUUUGUUCCAUUCCGGGACUACAUUGACCGCUCUGGGAAUCAGGUCUUGAGCAUGGCACGACUAGCUAAAGACGUUCUGGCGGAAAUCCCUGACCAGCUGCUGUCUUUCAUGAAGAGCAAAGGGAUCGAGCCACGUCCAGCCCUCUCUGCCUCAGGCACCCCCAACAAGCCCCCUCUCAACGCUCGCAUUUGAGGAUAAGGAGAGGGAAGGACUGGAGUUUUAGAGACUUUUAACCGUGCAUGUAUACAAAUGACUGCCAACCUAGUAUAUAUUGGGUUAUCCUUCUUGACUGCAGACAACACCUAUAUAAGAUUUCACUCAGAAAAACUAAAUUUCCUCACCAACAUCUGCGCCAAGUCCAGUUUAUUUUAAAAAGAGGGAAAAAGACACACAAACACUCCAAAAGAAAGGAAGCAGAUGUGGUGGCCACAUGUUAGCGCUGCUAAAUGCCUUGGAACAAGCAAGACGCCUUCACAACGUCUUGUAAAAAAAUUGUUCCUUCAUCUGUAGAUGCUGUGCUCCCAUUAAAAGUUAAAAGAAACAUCUGGAUUGAUUUAAACAGGUUCUAGAGAGUGAAGGUUGAGAAGAACAGGGGGAUGAACAAAGAGAGUGAGUUAGAGAGAAAGAGAGAGAUAGUGAGAGACAGAGAGAGUGAAAAAGAGAAUGAGUGCUUGUGGCUGGGGUGAAAGGGCAGAUGAGCUCAUCUUCUCUCCCACACGUCAGUGACCCGAGCAUGCACGGGUCUCUGCAGCAGUCUGCUGGAAUGGCAAGAACUCGAUAAGAAAUAAACCAUUAACCGUUUUCAUGAACCCAGAGCAGGACAGUGUCCAAGAGAACUUUGUGAGCACCUACUGGACCAUAUCUGCCACCAAAGAACUCUCUGAAGACCUUCUAAAUGAACGUAUUAAGCAUAAUGUGUGUGUGGAAUGAACAAUGGAAACUCUUGUGGUGUCUCUUUGAGAAAGUUCCAACAAAAUCCAUGGUAGGUGUGCAACCAUCACACAACACAGAACAUUUAUGGUAUGACUACAACAUAGCUUUGAGAGACUUCUGGCUCACUAUUAAGGAGGGUUUGGGCAAAGUGUGUCAUGUGCAGUAUGUUUUAAAAUGUCUGAAUGUAUCAGUUCAUUUUUCAUUGGUUGUUGAUGGACAAUGGCAGUGUUAGAUAACUGUUAAUGAAUUCUAAAGAGUGAAAAAAGAGAAAGAGAUAAGAGAACAAACAAGGAGGCUGUGAAUCCUACAACCAUUUUUCCCCAAACCUUAAAAAAUCCACCUUAUCCGACUUCUGCCGCACAGUUUUAUUCCUUUGACUUACCAUCAUAUUCUCAAACCUCCACAGUAGUGGUGUAUGCAUAUCAUCUCUGUCCUUGCAAAUAACAUAACUGUAACCCACUAAUUUAUUUAAAGUGAGCCAUUUCUAUAGGUACACUCGUAAUGAACACAUAUGUAAAAGUUAAAUUUAAUGAUUGAGUGGUUUAAAAAAAAUGAUAAAAUACUUGUGGUGUAAUUACUACAUACUGAAAAACAAAGUUGAGGUUCUAUUCCCUUUUGUUCCAUAGAAAUGAAGCCAGAAUAUUGUCAAAAUUGUAACCAAUGUAGAGUUUAAUAAGCCUGCACUUUUCUCCCUGACCAAACAUAUCGGACCGCCUUCAGUGAAAUGUGCUAUAAACAGAGUUUAAGCAAAGUGGAUUUUUGUCACUGCAGACCCAGUUUGUCCAGUAAGUGUAAAGUUUUAACAGUAAAAGUGCAGUGGAUGUAUUUUACUAUGAAACCAUUUACAUUUCAAUCGAAGCUCAGUUGUGUUUACUCUGUUUGCUGCUGAAAUUACCCAAAGCUACUACAGUAUAGUUUUACAUCCAAACUGCUCCUAGAGAGUCAGCACACACCGGGGAUGAUUAAAAGAAGACAAAUAAUGUUUGUUUAAUACGUGGUUGUAUUUGGACUCUUUCCAGACCAGAAAAUCAAUUUGAUUAGAUCUCUGAUUGAAGUCCAAAUAGAACAGCAAACCUAAUGACAUUCGACUUAAAAAAAAAAAAAACUCCUGGGAAUUUGAAUAGUGUCUGUUAAUGUGAUCAACAGCACCACCCCUCAUGAUCAAUAACAGUAUGAUUAAAUAGCUAAUUGCCUGAUUACAACUUAAAUACUUCAUAUUAUGAACAAAACAGUCGUAAACAAUUGUCUUUUCCAAUGAAGAAACUGUUGGAAUUAGACACUGAAUAUGUGAAGACCUUUUAGUGGAGGGGAACACUUAGGGGAUCGAUUGAGCUGCGUGUUAUACUGCAAUCAGCCAGCAGAGGCACUAGACUUGGUGUGGCUUCACAUUUGCGAGACACUGUGUUGCCAGAACCUUUUCUGUGGCAGACUGGGUUUGAUUUAAUGGCUGGGCAAGAGUCACCUACUCAUGUAACAUGACUUAAAAUGUAAUUCAUUCUCAAAAAGAGUGCCAGUCAAAUUCUGUUAAUGCAAAAUAAAAACAAAAAAGAAAUGUAGGUCAAAAGUCAAUGACAGUAAUGAUAAGCAUACCCAAACUUUCAGACUGUGUUCAGACUACAAGUCAGAUACAUUUUUCAAAUCAGAUCUGUUUAGAUCUGGCCUCUUAUUUGCUCUAGGAAUCAGAUUGGAUUUGCAAGUCUGUACAUCACAAACAGUGUGGGUUAUCUGCAUGGAUUGCUGUGGUAAGUAGGUCACUUUCAAUAACUAACGUUUGGUGAUCUUUUUGGACCCCCGCACUUCUGUCACUCUCCAUUUGAUGAGGUUGUUGUUUGUCGCAUUGUUAGAGACAAAAAAGUCCAUUUGAAAUAUAGUUUGAGAGACCAGAGUGUCCAGACUGAAAAACAUUUCAAACCACCUACAAAUGGUUUGUAUUGAGUUUGAAAAAUAGGAUUUUGCAUGGUUUCUUGCUUUCCAAAAUAUCAAAAAUCUACAAUCUAGAUAAGCCAAAAAUCUUAGUUGGGCUGGCAGUGUGAACAUAGUCUUAGCAUUUCUAGUCAUUGUCACUGUUUCUUUUUUCUUUCUCAUACUGUUAUUCUUUCUUCAUCCCUCUUUAUCCUUAUCCCUCACUUGCUCUGAAGCUGUCUAACAAUUUGACCUUUGUCUCCUUUCAUUCUUUCAACCAUAACCUGUAAAGUUUUAACAAGCUUUUCCGGUUGAAUAAUGUAUUUUUGUGCUGGCCCUGGAGGAUCCCAUCUGUUUUUUAGAGCCUGCAUGUUUAGAGUCAGAACUGACCACCGUAACGUGCAUCACAUAACAGGACGAUUGUAGCGAAACCGCCACACAUCAAGUCUAGAUUACAAGGGCACCUUCAUACUUUGUUUUCUUUUUUUGUGGGGAAAGAGCGAGAGAGAGAGUGCGUAUGUGGGGGGUGCACCCACUUCAUCACAAUUGGCACUUGAAAAUGUAGCACAGGGCCAUUAUGGUCAUUUGGAGGGAGAGGGAAUGCGCCUGUUUUCCUUUGCAAAUGAAUGCAAAGUUAUUCCGCACCUUCUCCACGGUAAUAUCACACAGACUCCUGUUCUAGUUGCAGCUGACACUUUUUAUCCCAAAUCUGUUGGAUGCUCUGUUUUUAGAUGCUGAUGGCGUUUUGUUGAGGUUGAAGGUUAGGCAGAGUGACACUGGGGUUUUUCAUUGACUCUCCAGAGUGUUUCCUGUGUUUCCGUGUCAUUUGCAGGAAGGGGGGUGAUAUGGUAAAGGGCACUGUCCUCUAUUAGCACCUCCUCCCUUCUUUGGAAAGGCCGAGUCCCUCUCAGUGUAGUCCUCUCCCUCACCCUGCUUCUUCUUCUUCUACUUCUUGUCUCUCUCUCUACCUCUCUCAGAAUUCAUAUCUAAUUAAAUGUGAGCAAGUCGGGAAACCUCCAGCAGCGUUUCGGGUUAAAGUUCAUUAACUCCAUUUAUUUAAGGACCUGUAUUAGCGCUGAACCUGCUAAAGGGGUCUGUGAUUUUGUAGCUGUUCUCUUUUACAUGUUACAGUUUAUGAUAUUGCAUGAUCUCAAUGGGGGACCAUUCAGUGCUGGUUGUCUUUCAGUCUGACACAAAUGUUUCUAUAUCUUAUAGCUAGCCAACUGUGUCGGUUUUCUAUGACAGUAGAUUGUUUCUGUAUAUUUUUGUCCAUGACUUUUGUUGUGUACAGUAUAUUCUGUGCUUCUGCAGAAUAUUGUAGAAUACGGCACAAAGUACAAUGUAGCUUGCUGCAGAUAGACAAUAUAUUUCUAUAGGUAUUUUGGAUCACAAAUGAAACGUUUGUGACGUUCCAUUUGCAAAACUAUAGCUUUAGCAUGGAGCAUAGCUGACGCAGAGAAAUGCAGAGUAAUUAUUUUCAUUUGUAUUGCAAAUAUUUUUACAUUUUGCAUGACAUGAUGUUUAAAUGUGUGUUCAAAUAUGUAUAACACAAUAGUUAUUGUUUGGUUUGUGAAUCUUGUCGGCGCAUAUAAUUCGCCAUUGCACAUAACUGCAUUCCCAAAUGUGAUACUGUACACUUUUUCUCCUUUUCACCUCCUCCUCCUCUUCUUCUUCUUCUUCUUUUGUCACUCAGCAUGUUCUAUCUUUCAGUGUUCCAAACGUGUCCCUACAAAACACGAUUAUCCAAAAGAAAGCAUAAAGAGUUGAAUGUUUAUUUGUACGUCCACUAUUGUCAUUAUUGCACCUUAUCUCACUGUUUUAUACUCUGGAUUUAUAAAGACUAGAGCAUACACUGGCCGUAUAUUCAGUAAUUAAACUGUUUGUUGGACUCUUUAUACUAACAGUGGAGUCUUCUUUUGGUCUGGGUAAGAGAUUAUGUAAAUAGCAUUUCCAGAUACAAAUCUACCAUUCAUCAUCUUUCCUGUCUAGAUGCCUAAAUGUGCUGCAUACUGUGUGUAUUUUGGGUACUGUUUCAUUUUUGUUGAGCAAGAACAUUUGUUUAAUUAAACUAAUUCUAUUAAAGACCGGA